UUAGGGUCAUGGACGAGCGUUCUCUUUUCCCCGAAUCACUGAGCAGAGACAAGUUGAGAUCGUUUCAACAAAUAAAGUUAAGUUCGUGGUGAUAAAUGUAUAUUACUACUGUGUUUUGUAAGAUAAUGUGCUUCACUCGCACUCGGACGCGACAAACGUGGCGACGAGGACCGGUGGAUUAGCUAACCGCGCUUUUUUGGACUCUUCAGUGAAGCGGAAGAAGAUGCUAGAACUCGACAGAAGCUAGCAAGAGCUAGCAAAACAACAGCAUCGGGACUGAUGGCGGCCAUCGGCGGCUUGUGCUUCGAUGAGGACACUGAAAGUUUCCACACGUAUGAGCAACGUUUCGCACAGUUUGUGGAAGCCUGCGAGAUUCCGCAAGGCAAACAAGGGGCUGUUUUCCUAACCGUGGUUGGUGCUAAGACGGUUGCGUUGUUGGGGGACUUGCUAGCACCGAGAACGCCGUCAGAAUGCUCGCUUGAUGUCAUUCUGAACGCGCUGAGAGGCGUUCUGAAGAAAAACGUGCUCCGAGAACGUUACACGUUCCGUGCACGAAAGCAACAACGUGGAGAGUCACUAUCAGAAUAUGUUGACGCUCUAAAGGGACUGUCGGCGACUUGUGAGUUCGGCGAGCAGGUAGAAGAACAUCUCAGGGAUCAGCUAGUUUAUGGAAUCCGUAGUGAGGAGCUACGAACUAAGCUGUUCGUCGCUGCAUGUGGAGAACAGCUGGAAUGGGAUAAAGUAGUGGAUAUUGUGAAUAACUUUGAGUCCACCACUCGCAGUCUGAUAACCUCUUCAGAUAGUGAGAGCAGCUCCAAAGGGAAGCAGGGCAGGAAACGAAAACCAAGUGUCAGUGGAGAGAAUGUGUGCACCACAGAGGGACAUGCAGCUGAUACGUGCGAAUACGAAGAGUCCCAGUGCAACAAGAAACAACUGGCAGAGCGAACAUGUGGGAAUACAUCGACCGAAGACGCUGCCAACCACGGACAACCCACAGCCGAGAGUGUGUCUGCAAGCCCGGGGACCACAGUUUUAACCGGCCCCAGGUUCAGGCGGAUACACGUUGUCAUACCACGGAGCACAGCGCUUCAACUGUCUCGGGACCAGAAGUUUAAAACCGAAGACGACAAAGACUAUUCGAAUCUACACACCAGUAUUUUCAAGUCGAACAGCCCCCCACAGGUGACGAGGUGCACAGUGUGCUGUUCGCACUUCCACUGCCCGCUUUGUGCCACUGACAUAUACAAGCCUCGGUGUAGGGCAAAAGUUCAGAAGCACUUCGAGUUGCAUAUUAAAAAUGCUGUUCAUCAUAAAGAUUUCUGCAUAACAAAAUGCCACCAGGCCUGCAGGGGUGGUAGUGGUAAUAGUGGCCACUUCCACUGCCCUUUCUGCAUUAAGACUGUCAUAAGAAGACAGGAUGCCAUCAGGCAUUUGGAGAUCUGCCUGCAAGAUCUCAACAGUGACCAAUUGCCUACAUUGGAGGAGGAGAAGCAUGCUGCAACCCCUGCACAACACUUUGUGGCCCCUGUGCAGCAGUCUUUGGCCCCCGCGCAGCACCCAGAGGCUCCCGCUCGGCUCCCAGAGGCCCCUCCACAAGUCCCUACUCAAGACCCCACGGUGCAUAUCACAAUUCAACGAGGGAAAUCCUUGCCAACGCUGCAGAGAUGCACCAGGUGUUGCGACCGCUACCACUGCCCCUUCUGUCUGCCGUCAUUUUUUCAACCCGCCCAGUUGAACAAAGUCAGGACCCACCUCAUGAAUCAUUUCACGCGGGCAAUUGUCCAUGAAGGAUAUAACAUUCACAGGUGUGGCUUGGAUUGCAGACCACAGUUGCAUUAUCACUGCCUGUACUGCAAUUUAACGCCUUUCCGAAAAGUGGACUUCGUCAAGCACCUUUCCGUCUGCAAGAAGAAACGCUCUGCCAUAACCCCCGACUCGUCCACUUCAACAACCUCAUCCAGCCCACCUCUGACGACCCCCGUCAGUCCACCUCCAGAUCCAGAAGGCACCCCCAUUCCAGCCCCAGCUACCCCACAACCGAAAAAGGGCCACGCGAAACCAGUACAGCACAAACAUUGUCCCAUUUGUAAACUUCUUGUGAACAAGAAAAAUUUAAAGAAGCACAUCGAAAGGAGACACACAAGUAAGCGCGAGGACAUAACAGCUGCCUUUCAUCUUCAGAGUGAAAGCGUGGAUCAAGAAAUCUAUAUUGACAAAUCUUUUUUUGACCCUAGUACUCAUGUUCAAAAGAAAGUAUGCGGGGAACGUCAACAUGUGUCCUGUGAAUUAAGUCAGUGCCAGGUUGAAAUGGAGUUGGCGUGCAGUGCAGUCAUCUGAAAUCUGUAACAUGCCGUGAAAACUACUGCAAAGAAAACCAGAAGAACAGAUCUCGACUGAAGUGCAUUUCGUCUUUGUUGUCUAUUUUCAGAGGUAGGCCUAACUGUAAUGUAUUUGUGCACAGUGUAUUGAUAAAAUGUUAUGGUUGAUUUUAAUAUUACAAAUUGAUCAUAUUCUAUUGGUAGUCUAUUUUUUAUAUAUAUGGCCUGGCAAAGUGAAGAGGCUGAAAAGCUCUUCCUGUCUGGUCCCCAAUAUUCAUUACACAGUCUGACUAAAAUCGGGCUCGUCUUAGUCAGACUAACAUAUCUGGUUAAUGCGAUUCAUAGUCCAAUUACUCCUUCAUGGAGUGGGACUUGGUUUUCUGCUCAUGCACCAAAAUAUCCUCCCCCGUCCUUCAACGCCAUCUUUCUUCGGACAGCACAGCAACGAUCCGCCUCAUCAUCCGUCUCGCCAUUCGCUGUUUGAUUUUUGUGACAAAAGUCAAAAGGAGACUGAUUCAAUAUGCACUAGCUUAUAGAGAGAGCGCCACCUACAGCGGCAGAGACAUCCAAUAAAUCAAUUUUCUCCUCCACACUCUGCAAGUUGUCCAGUUGUCUGACUGUACAUGUAAAUGAAUGUCAUUCAAUAAACAACUAUUUGCUAGUCUUA